AUGUUGUCAUCCCUACUGGUUUUCCUAACAGGCAUUCGGCCUCCGAUUGUGAAUGGCCCAAUGCCGGCGCGGCCACUGGUUGCACUCCUGGAUGGACGAGACUGCACAGUGGAGAUGCCCAUCUUGAAGGAUGUUGCUACAGUGGCGUUUUGUGACGCUCAGUCAACUCAGGAAAUCCAUGAGAAGGUGCUGAACGAGGCAGUAGGAGCUCUGAUGUAUCACACCAUCACUCUUUCUCGUCAGGAUCUGGAGAAAUUCAAAGCCCUCAGGGUCAUUGUGCGUAUUGGCAGUGGCUAUGACAAUGUUGACAUCAAAUCUGCUGCAGAACUAGGCAUCGCAGUGUGCAACAUCCCCUCCUCCUCAGUAGAGGAGACAGCCGACUCCACCCUCUGCCACAUCCUGAACCUGUACCGCCGUGUCACCUGGCUGCACCAGGCCAUGCGGGAGGGGAACCGCGCCGCCAGCGUGGAGCAGAUCCGGGAGGUGGCUGGGGGCGCCGUGCGUAUCCGUGGGGAGACUCUGGGCAUCAUUGGACUGGGCCGAGUUGGACAGGCAGUGGCUCUGCGAGCCAAGUCCUUUGGCUUCAACGUGAUUUUCUAUGAUCCCUAUCUGCCGGAUGGAGUGGAGCGAUCCUUGGGUUUACAGCGAGUAGGAACCCUGCAGGAUCUACUAAUGCACAGCGAUUGCAUCACAUUGCACUGCAGCCUGAAUGAACAUAACCAUCACCUCAUCAAUGACUUCACUAUUAAACAGAUGCGCCAAGGCUGCUUCCUAGUGAACACAGCCCGGGGAGGGUUGGUAGAUGAGAAGGCCUUAGCUCAAGCCUUGAAAGAGGGGAGGAUCAGAGGAACAGCAUUGGAUGUGCAUGAAUCUGAGCCUUUCAGCUUUGCUCAGGGGCCCUUAAAAGAUGCACCCAACGUGAUCUGCACCCCUCACACUGCCUGGUACAGCGAGCAGGCUUCCAUUGAAUCCAGAGAAGAUGCAGCUAAGGAGAUCCGCAGAGCUAUUACAGGUCACAUACCUGAUGCUUUGAGGAACUGUGUUAAUAAGGAGUACUUGAUGUUAGCAGCUCAGUGGUCCAGUAUUGAUCCUGCAGCUGUCCACCCAGAACUCAACGGAGCUGCAGCUUACAGGUUUCCUCAAGGAGUAGUGGGAGUAGCCACUCCUGGGCUACCAGAGCCACCAGUAGUGGAAGGGAUUGUAGCUCAUGGGAUCCCUUCUGUUUCUCACUCUGCACCUCGGACCCCUUCCCCAGGAGAGACGAGCAAACUGGAUGCAGACAGAGAGAUUCCUGCUGACCAAUAG